CCUUGCUCUCCCCGGGUCGUCCGCCCUCCUUUCUUGUCAAACUUUCAGUAAGCGCGAAAAAAAAGAAAAGGAAAAAAAAAGCCUUGUUUUUAAUAAUAAUAAUAAUAAUAAAGAAUCCCCUAACCCAAAACAAAACACGACAAACUUCACAAGCACUUUCCCUUUCUUUUGAGAGAGAGAGAGAGAGAGAGGUGGGGGGGGGGGGGAAAGCGACGGUAAAGGAUCGCGCCACAUCAAAGUGUAAUGAAAGCAGACCCAGGUGGGACCCCGUGAAAGCUCCUUCUCUCGGGCGUAGCGAAGAAGUUGGAAGACUUUUGUGCAAACGCAGGAGCCAUGGGGCAAGCGGAAGAGCUGAUCCGAAUGGCGAAAAAGUUGGAUAAGAUGGUGUCCAGGAAGAACACGGAAGGAGCUCUUGACCUGCUGAAGAAACUGAACAACUUUACAAUGACCAUUCAGCUGCUGCAGACGACAAGAAUUGGGGUGGCUGUCAACGCCAUCCGCAAGCACUGCUCAGACGAGGAGGUGGGCGCACUGGCGAAGAUCCUCAUCAAGAACUGGAAGAGGUUGUUGGAGUCUUCAGGGACCCAAAAGAGUAAAAAGGAGAAAGAGAGAGAGAAGGAGAUUGAUAUCUCUGGCUGGAAAGCUGAAGAUACAUUUUCCGACCCAGUGAAUUUCUGCAAAAGUCAGGAUGGAAAGCAAAAAGACAGGAAAUCAAACAAGUCCGUCUCUCAAGAGGUGGUGCCAAAGAAUUGUUCCUCCACUGUUCCAAAGCCAGACAGAGACCCCAAAGGCAUUUCGGCUACUUCCAAAAAGCCGCACUUGGAACUCAAGAAAGAGAGGAGAGACUCUGAAGACUCAAGAUCUUCCAUCUUCACUGCUACCUCCUCUUCCUCAUCCUCUUCUCCCAAGAGACUGUCAAUGGACAGGAGAACCUCUACAGGCUCCAACUCAGCUACAUCUCCUACUGGUUCUCAGAAAAACUCUACUGAUGGCAAAGAGGAGAGGUCAAGUAGCAAACCUCGACCAGAUGUGCCCAAGACACCUGCCAGCCCUGUCUCUCCGUCAUUUGCAUCUUCCAACUGCUUUUUGGAAUCCUGUUACCUGACAGGGGACUCCGUCCGGGACAAAUGCAUCGAGAUGGUCUCUGCAGCUCUGAAAAUGGAUGAUGAUUACAAGCAGUUUGGAGUCAAUUGUGACAAGAUGGCAGCUGAAAUUGAAGAUCAUAUCCUUUGGAUUCUGAAGGCCACCGAUAUGAAGUACCGUAACCGGGUGAGGAGCCGGAUCAGCAACCUGAAGGACCCCAAGAAUCCCGGCUUGCGACGAAAUGUCUUAUGCGGAGCCAUAUCACCUGGGCGCAUUGCCAAGAUGACCGCAGAAGAAAUGGCGAGUGACGAAUUGAAGGAGCUAAGAAAUGCCAUGACCCAGGAAGCCAUCCGAGAGCAUCAAAUGGCCAAGACUGGAGGCACCGCGACAGACCUCUUCCAGUGCGGCAAAUGCAAGAAGAAGAACUGCACAUAUAAUCAGGUGCAAACACGGAGUGCUGACGAGCCCAUGACAACCUUUGUUCUGUGCAACGAGUGCGGGAACCGCUGGAAGUUCUGUUGAAGCUCCUUGCCCCUGUAUGCCAGCCACCGAUGGAGGAGACGUUGUCUUGUCACAGCCAAAGAGAAGGGAGAACCCUUGAACUGUCCACUGAAGAAAUAAAAGAAGAAAAUGGGGAAAAUCUGAAAGGGAAGGUGCCAGGGUUCCAGACCCAUUUUGGAUUUCUCAAAAUGCAAUGGGAAUCAUUUGAAGGGCAUGCCGGUCUGGCAACAAUUCGGUAGUGUUAUUAUUGGCAGGGUUGUGCAUUUAUACUGCACAAGUUGCGAAUUUCGUCCGGACUACAGAGUGCAGAAUUCCACAUUCUUAGACUCUCCUCCUCCUCCUCCUCCUCCUCCUCCUCCUCCUCCUCCUCCUCCUCUUCUUCUUUUAAGGUUUCUGCUUCCAGCCAUCAAGGCUGCAGUGAUAGGUUUGCAAGUGCAUAUAUGGGCAAAGUAUAGUGAAAUCUUCAAAGCCAGACGUAUGGGCAGAUCAAGACUUUAAAGACCAUAGCAGAUGGAUCUUCAGUGUCCUGCAUGUGGCUUUUGCUCCUCUGCAUGACUAGCAAAAAAAUUAUUCAGAUCACGAAAUCCAGCUUUUCUUGUUGCGGAAUUUAUGCAACUUUAAUGUUGAUUUUGUUUUUCUUCAUUCGGAGUAUAUACAGCUGUUCUGAUUCUGUAAUCAAAAGUCAAUUUUCAUGCCCGCAUCUUUUCAUAUGCUGCCAGGAGAUGGCAUCCUCCGAUUUCUUUAGGGCAUUGGUCUUCACCUGAUAGGUUGGCAAACCCCAAGUGAAUUGCACCCUGAAGUCAGACGGUCACAGCAGUGACAUCACAGCUGUUUUAUUCAUUUUGCUUAGGAUAUUUUCGUUUAAAAAAGAGAGAGCGGAUGAACAGUUGACCCAAAGGAUGGAUGUCAAACUUCCUGUGCCUUUAAUAGCAGAAGAGAGAAUUUCAGCAGAUGCCGCUUCUCCCUUCCCACAUAUGACAAGCUUUCAGCUACCAAACUUCCUCCAUUUCCUGCAUUAUGCUGAGAGUCAGUCCAUUGCUCUUUGUAGCCUGAUAUCGAUUCCUUUGGCUGGCAGGGACACUCCAAGGUCCUUCCAAGCUCUGCUUCCUGAGACCUUUUAACAGGACAGGAGGGGUUGAAACCUGCAUGUAAAGGUUGCACUCUGCCACUGAGUUGUGGUCCUCCCUUUGGGGUAUCCCUGAUAUAUAAAAAAAGCAGGAAGAUGGCCAUGUGUGUUUAAAAGAAAACGCACAAAAAAUGAUCAGCAGAUCCCAUCCAAGCCUGAAGAUGUCUGCUCUAUGACAAGCAUGCAAAUCCGACCAUCCUGGAAUUCCCAGUCUGACCUUCUGGGACUCUCCAGAUAGCCACACACUUUGUCCAGUGUCCUGACUUUUUUUUGCCUCCCCCAUUUUUAAAAAAGUUGAAAUGCCUCGCCUGAGACUUAGUUACUGGCAAUAAUAGCUUUAAGCUACAAUAUGCUGGUAUCUUUGGCCCUGCUUCCUUUGCCUUUGGCCCCACCCGGCACUGGGAUGCAGCCCCCGGAAGCUUCUCCAACAUGGAAUCCGGCUCUCAGGCUGAAAGAGGUUCAACAUCCAGUGGAGGCCGGUGGUUCUGAAUUUGGUGGGGCUGCGAAUCCAUUCAGGGUUUCAGUCAGAACCAGCCAGAAUUCCAAAGGAGCUGUCCAAAAUGCUUAACCCUAUCCCCCAAAUAGGUUCAGAACCUUGCACAGCUCCUUCAGAAUUUUGGCUGGUUCUGACUGAAACCCAGAUUGAUGGCCCCACCACAAUCGUAGCCACCAGCUUGCACUGUCAAGACCCUGCUCUUGUAUGUAUUGCUGAUAGGGGUGAGUCAUUAGGCCCUGGAUUGAGCCUCCUUAAAAUUAGAGGUGGGGACCCAGCAAAGUUCUCUUUGGUGGGGCACCACCAACCCAUUUGAUCUCCCAGCUGUGGGCUAACCUGGCAAAAUGGGAAGCUACACAGCACUACCAUUUCCCAAAUUGCUCCAGAGGGACAGUACAUCGGGUGAUCCAGGGCAUGAUGGGAAAAUCAAAAUGGCGGACAGCUUCCAAGUCACUGCAAGAUAAACUAGGGGACCGGGCAAGUGAGUGGACUCCGCUGGGAGCUUGGUAACCUAUCAGUUGCCCAUGGAUGCCAGAGAAAUGAAAGCGUCAAUAACCCUGUACAGUUAUUGUAUGAAGGGGAUGGGGGUAAGGGGUGAUGUUUGUUUUUCUUUCUGAUAAUGUUUGAAGCAACCUUGAUGUCUUUGGAUUGCACCAGGCACUGGGUUUGUAUAAAGCAAAUGUCAAGUUACCUGUUGAUGAUCAUGUACAUUAGUAAACUCUGAACACUCACCUGUCA